AUGAAUCCCGAUGAAAAAGAGACAGAACAAACUUCUAAGAAUGAUUUACCGCAAAGUAAUCCACAACAAUUAGAAUCUUCUGAAAAGGAACAAAUAAAUUCAGGGUUUAAUGAUGUUGUUAAUAGCGAAGAGCAAAAGAGUAGUAACGAAGAGCUUGUCAUUAAUAGACCUGUUACAGUAGAUGAUGUUCUUUCUGGCAAAAUUACUCUUCCAAAGCCAACACCAAAGAAUGUUAAUGAUUUUACAGGUAAUAAAAAAAAAAGUGAAAAGCCGCAUCUAUCGACAACAGAUUCACAGCAAGAAUUUCUAGUUUUACCUGACACCGGUAAGAAUUUUACUUUCUUUGGAAUUGAUUUAUUUAAACAUGAUAUUCUAUUAACAAUAUUUUCUUGA